AUGGCCGAAGUCAACUCCAAUGGCCCUCAACAGGCGUUCUCACAGAUUACACCUGGAAACAUAUCAUCUCAGAUCGAUCUGCUCGUUGCUCUAAAUCUGUGGUCAUGGCCUGCGCUUACACUCGCCAUCCAAAAUGCCUGGGGCGGCUCUGCACAAGUCUCCAAUGACAAAAGGGAUUGGUUUGCAGGUGCUGUGUCUGAUCUGCUGACGUCGACUCCACCACAACUAGAAGAUGUCGGCGAUCUCGAAGAAGUCCUGCUCCAAGUAAUGGUUGACGAGUUUGAAAUCGUCGUUGACGACGAAAGCGCCGAGGAAGUUGCACGAAACAUCUGGGCUGGACUGACGAAACUCAAAGGUGGUGAUGCCAGUGGGUUGGAGGAACUCUACAGCAGGUGGCAAGAAAAGCAAAAGAAGGGCGGUGAGAAGGUGGUGGGCAUCGUGCGCGGCGAAGACAAAGAGGCGGAAGAUACAGACUGGGAUGAGGAUGAUGAUGAAGGAGAGGAGUGGAACGGCUUCUCUGACCGUGCGGACGUCGAUAUGGACGACGCUCCUCCGCUCGUCGACGCGAGCAAGCCCAAGCAGAAGCUGGAGCCCGAGGUCGAUGAUGAGGGAUUCACAAAAGUCGUCGGCAAGAAGAGGAGGUGA